ACCGAUCUGAGUUCCGAUGGACCGCCACAAUCACCGACUCGAAAUCUUUCAAAGUGGUACGAAAAUUUCAGAAAGGACAGCGAAAGGCGAAGGAGAAGAGAAUCGGAGAUGAAUAGGCCGCCGGAGAACGAUCUUUGUUCGAUAUGCCAUGCCCACUUCACCGCUCCUUGCCAAGCUAAUUGCUCCCAUUGGUUCUGCGGAAACUGCAUUAUGCUAGUGUGGAGGCAUGGAUCCACAUUACAGCCAUGCAAAUGCCCAUUGUGUCGUCGUCCAAUAAGUUUGCUCGUUCCUUCGGAGGAAACAAUCAGUGACCGUAAUGACCGUACAGUCGCCGAGGUUCUUGGCAAUCUUGAAACGUAUAACCGACUCUUUGGCGGACGAUCAAGUAGUUUAGUUCAGAGGAUGCAAGACCUACCCUUCUUACUCCGCAGGUUGAUGCGGGAAAUGAUGGAUCCACAAAGAACGCUUCCACUUGUCAUUAGGGCUCGAGUUUAUAUCGCAAUGAUUCUCAGUGCUGUUUACAUUAUCAGUCCAAUAGAUAUCAUUCCAGAAGGAGUUCUGGGGAUAGUCGGUUUGCUUGAUGAUCUGCUCAUAGCCUUGAUUUGUUUCCUCCAUGUUGCUGCUCUGUACCGCUCGGUUCUCUAUUUCCGUCAUGCCGGUUCGUGAAUCAAUGAUUUUUAACAUUAUACGUCACAGUGGACGAACUGAGAGAUGUGUUUACCUUUUAUUUUUGUCUUUUGGUCAUUUCCCUCUGUAAAAUACCCAAUGGUUCUUUUUGACUACUGAAACUGAAAUGGGUGAUGAUAGGAUCAUAGAACAAAAAA